UCAAAGGCAGCUAUCGCCCGAUUGAGGGCAUAUAAACCUCCACCAUUCACAAUAUGGGAUCGUCUUCCAUUGAGUCGCAGAGCUGCGGUAUUAAUCCUCCUAUUCGCAGAUAGGAGAGGGGAUUUGAGAGUUGUAGUUACCAUGCGGGCUUCAACGUUGAGGAGUUUUUCGGGCCAAGCUGCAUUUCCUGGCGGAAAAGCAGACUCACUGGAAGAGACCCCUUUCGAAAUAGCUCGACGAGAAGCAUGGGAGGAAAUUGGCCUUCCUCGAGACGAUUCGAAGAUACCUCGGCCAUUCCGGAUAGAACAUCUCUGUCAGUUGCCAUUUAGUCUUGCGAAGACUGCGCUUGCAGUGCGACCUUGCGUGGCCUUUCUACAUUCAGACGAUAAUAGUGGAAGUAAAGCUUCGAGUGUGGAGGAAAGCAUGAUACCACGACUUGAUGCUAAAGAGGUCGCAGCAGUUUUCUCUGCACCGUUUCAUAAUUUCUUGAGUGAAAAAGAUGAACUAAGGGAAGGAGAUACUAUUCCUGGAAAGAGGACCGACUGGUAUAAAGGCGUUUGGACAGAUUUUAAUGAUACCCGGUGGAAGAUGCAUAACUUUUUCGUACCAAUCAACAACCAGAAAGUUUCGAAACCAAAGAUAAGAGAGAGCGGACAGGCAUCGAUUGCUGAGCACUUAGACGAAGAGGAAGAAGAGAAAAUGAGAUAUAGAGUUUGGGGCAUGACUGCAAGGAUGCUGGUCGAUGCGGCUCGAGUCGCAUAUGACGAGGAACCAGAGUUUGACCACAAUCGACACAUCGGAGACGAAGAUAUGAUAGAAACCUUGUAUAAUUUGGGGAGGCUGCAAGAGAAAGUACCUGGUGGCCCAGACCUGACUGAUGGUGAUAUGAAGGCUGUACAUGCCGCUAGAGCAGCCCAAGCCGCCAAGACAGCUGCGCCGAAGAUGUAG